UUACUUGAGCUACUUGGUCAUCACGCUUGCUCACCCAAACACAAGUGAGAUCACUGUGGACCGUGCACCGCUCCGCAGUCCGACAUGGGGACCUUUAAAAUAAUUUAAAAACAAUUCCCGACAACAAUAAUGUGAGAAAACCGCUCAACACCAAUGUGUUUGGCAAUAGUUCACAGCAAACCUUGACUCCCAGAUGUUCAGGUGGGUCCGACGACGUGGUGACAGGGGGCGAACGGCUUCUGUCACGGAUGAAUCGCAGACACCGUCAGGAAUAUCGUGUCAUCACCUCGGCUUGCUGAAGACACACACUCACCAUGACGCACUGCAAGUUUUGGAGACACAUUUGGAGAAGCAGGCGCUGAAGCUCUUGGUGGUGCUGCUGGUGGUGCUGGUCCAACUCCUGGGGGUUCUGGGGUCUCAUCUGUCCAGUGAAGAGGAAGAAAGAGACGUGUGGAGCUCAGAGAAAUGGCAGGAGCACCCACUGGAGCGGAGGAUCACAGUCCUGGCAGACCUCCUCAAACGCUCCAAAGCUCAGCAGUUCCAUGGUCUGAUGGGAAGAAGUCCAGGAGAAACUCGUCAGCUGCGACUCGGCAGGAAAAGAAAUAAAGGCGAGAUGUUUGUUGGGCUCAUGGGCAGAAGGAGUUUAAACGAAGACACGCAGGAAGACUGGAAAUACGACUGAAGAGGAGAAGAUGACUGCAAAACAAACAUCAAGUCUCUGAUUCAUUAAAACGUGUAGGUGACACAAGAGACUCAAAUGCUUCUUAUAUGAACAAAAGAGUAUCAAGGCCAUGAAGACUUCCUUUUCUCCCAGUUUAAAGCCCUAUAAGUACGUUUAUAAAAGUUUUAACAGGUGUUAUAAAAGGUUCACGAGAGAUUAAAUAAAUAGAUGAAAUUCAACGAAUAUAAAAAGUGAACGAGUUUUCAACCAAAGGCCAACUAGGAAAAGCAACUUUAAUUUAAACGGACCGCAAUUUUUUUUAUUUAUUGUGUCGCUCUGUGACGUACAAGCCGUUUCCGGUGUCCUGACAUGCUAACAAUGCUAACCGCCCGCUAGAAACAUAUUUCUGUGGUCUUCAGUCACUUCGAGCUCAACCCACCCCACCACGAAGUACAAUUCGACCUCCGCUCCGUGAAAUAUUAACGACUCGAUAUGUACAUUUGAAAUAAACCAAACCAUUUACAUUGACGAUUUCGCUGACUUACCAUCCGCUUGACUGGGUGCGUCCACAUUAAAAGUCCGUGUGGCAACAAUCGCAACAGAAAACGAUCCUGGUGACCACGUCGCUCUGAUGCUUCGUUUCGUUUCUUGUCAACGUGUCGAAUAGAUGUGCGCUUUUUUUGAACUGUGUUCGAUGUUGGUGACGGAACGAGGCCGUACAUUUGUGAGAUAAAU